UAGAGGCUCCCCCUAAGGCCCUCUCUCAUCCAACCAUCUUGUAUGUGUUGUCAAUAGUCGAGUCAACCAAGGCCCCUGAGCUGACCCGAACAGCAGCCCAUCCGCACUCCCUCUGAGACCAUCGGUCUGAACGACGGAACACUAAGUAGGUCGGCAGGCUCUUUCGACCAAGCAAUUGCCAACCGAGACUAACAAUUGGUCAGCUUGCAACGGUUCAACUCUUACACUUGAAACAUGUGCUUCUACGACCAACAUCGAUUCGGAUGCGGCGACUGGAAGUGGGGUCACUUUCGCCAGCACUGUGCCAAGGAGUACCGCAUCGGUGAAACCUGUGGCAUGAAGCUCAUUAUGCAGACGAUUCCCACAGGAACCAAGUGCAAGCUCUGUGAAAAGAUCGACACUAAGAUGCGCCGCCGGGCCGCCGAGGUCGAACGCAUCAAUCGCUGGCAGCGCGAUGGUAACAAGUUCCGUGCUUCGAUCGACAAAUCGAUGGAGAUGAUUCGAGGACUGGACUACGAGAUCUACGAGCUCGGGUGCGAGCGCAACCGCAGAUUGCAGCAGGUUGGACAUUGAGCUGGCAGCGAUCGGAGCGUGGCGUCUAAAGUUUCAUGUACAACCAGGAGUUGUUUCUUUCUCGGAUUGAGUCCAUUCAUUUUCGGCGCCUGGGUUUGGUUUGACACAGCGGAGGACUGACACUGGCUGGUGGAGGUUGAGAAGAUUUUUGCCGGGCGGUACCUCUUACGAUCGCUCCUUCGGUAUCUCUUCUUCGU